AUGAGCUAUGCGUUGUCUAGGUCUUUGGAUCAGAAGAUUCAGUUGUUCGGUGCCCCGUAUGGGAGCACUGGAGCCUCAUCUGGCGAGAGGGGGCAGGCGCUUAGCCCUACUCAUACGGUCUCUAUAAUCAUGGGUCUGGAGCGGAUGGACGAGAUAGCACGCUUUAUUGGCACACAAGCUCAGCUCUCGCAAGAUGAUUUCGAUACCCUACUCUGGAACGAGACUGCCGGUUACUAUGCCGCAGCUUCGGGUGAUUGUGGCUAUGAUCUCAUGGAUAUCACACAGGUCCUCUUAGCUGGAAUCGGCAGUGAGCAGCGUCAGGCAAGCUUCGUGGAAAAAUUAGCCACUCUGCAAAUUUCCGCUGGUUAA